UUGAACAGACUGUGAGCAGCCAGCCAGUCUGAGUGCUGCUGCUAGGUAGCUAGUAGCAAAAUAUCGACAAAUAUUUCUUGAAAGAAUGAACAUUACUUUGUCUCGGUACUUUGGAUAAGGUGGAAAUACCUCCGUAUUGUCAUUAUUAAACAUGAACACUCACAUUGUUACUCCUGGACCCUAUCGAGCUACAAAAUUGUGGAAUGAGGUGACACGCUUGUUUCGGGCUGGCAUGCCCCUCAGGAAGCACCGGCAGAACUUCAGGCACCAUGCUUCCUGCUUCACCGCCUCUGCUGCGGUGGAAUGGCUACACCAGAUGCUCCAGUGCAACAGUAACUUUGGCCCUGAUGUCACCAGGCAGCAAACUGUCCAGCUCCUGAAGAAGUUUUUAAAGAACCAUGUGAUUGAAGACGUGAAGGGUCGCUGGGGAACAGAGGAUCUGGAGGACAACCAUUUGCUAUAUAGGUUCCCAUCUACUUCUCCUCUAAAACCCAUCCCUUGUCCAGCUCCAGCAUCGGGCUCCAGGUCCAUAAGGAAAAGAGCGUCACUCAGGGACCGGGAAGGUUUCUUUAAGUUUAGAAGCCUCAAGAAGCAGGAGAAGGAGAGCAUGGAAAAUGUUGAUCCUGCUCUCCGAACACUGCGAGACGACGCAAAUCAGCCGGCAGAAGAGCAGCAGCAACAGAGACGAGAGCCGACAGUGGAGGAUGAACAGGAAAUCUGGAGAGACAUCACACUGACGCACCUGCAGAGAAUUCUGGGUGUCGCUUCUCUCGAUGAGGUUUUAGACCAGCGCUACAUAAAUUCCCAGAACAUCAUCCAUAACAUGACCAAAGUCAACAAACAUGGAGUUGUCACUCUGGAGGACAAGACCAAUGACCUUCCUCAUUGGGUUUUGUCUGCCAUGAAGAGCCUGGCUAACUGGCCAAAGUAUGACAGCGACCAGCCGUCCUACCCCGGUUUUGAAAGAGACGUCUUCAAAACGGUGUCUGAUUACUUUUACAGCCUUCCACAGCCGUUACUCACAUACGAACUGUACGAACUGUUUAUCAACGUCCUGGUGUUUUGUGGAUAUGUCACGGCGCCUGGUACCCUUCAGCGUGGAAAGCGCAAGAGUUCAGAUCUUCCCUUCGUUCCCCCACCGGCCAAGUCGUCGUUUCGCUCCACAGAAUGUCUUCUCCUGUCGUUGCUCAGGCAGGGGUCAUGUGAUGAGACGGAGUCGCCCAUGGGAGACGUUCUCAAUGGGAAGCUUCAGGCACGCGUGGCAGCAUUAAAGGAAGGUCUACCUGGUGCAGGUGACAGUCAGCUGGGAUACAGCUCCACAAGAAGCUGCUCCCUGGAGACCAUUCUGGAUCACUCUCCUCCUCUCAACCGGCAGCAGCUGUUUCUGUCCAGGGACAGCCUGCCGUCUAGCUCUUGUUGCAAUGACAGCCAGGAGAAAAGCCCUGUUUUCUCUACUCAGGAAAGCUGCUUUAACUCAACAUUUGCGUUCAAAGUAAACCGUGUUAUUUAUGGAAACGCUCCAGUAGUUCCAGCCAGCAGAAAACUGUCUAUGGCUUCCAGGGCUAGACAAUCAGAUGCACAAAAGUCGCCCUCCUUGCGGCCUCGCAGUGUGGGCAGCUGUCUGGACAUUAUCAGAGAGACCAAAGAAGAACAUGUCGGGGAGAUCAAAUGGCGUGGUCGUGCAGCUAGCUGCUUCAAUGUGAACACUCCAACCAACCAGCAUCCUCCAUCAUUGUCCCAUCAUUCCUCUUCUUCCCAUCGUCUUUUUUCUCUUUCAUCUGAUGCAACCACAGUACAAGUGUCCAACUUUGCCAAAGCACCCAGUGGGCCCAACCCCACCUCCAGUACCUCUAACCUUUGGCUGCUGCCUGCACCCGCUGUCGUGCGACGCUGCUUCAGCUCUCUGGAUGUGUCCAAGCCGCCUCGGUCUGUGUCACAGCUGCCUGUCUGUGUGGCUGCCAGAACCUUCCAGCUCCCCCAACCCAAACCUAAGCACAGUGUUCUCCAGCCUCACUCUGAGCGCGUGGCCAUUGAGGCUCUGCAGCUUUGCACACUCCUCCUCCCCCCUGCAUCCCGCAGGAAGUUGCAGCUCCUCAUGAGGAUGAUGUCCCGCAUCAGCCAGAAUGUGGACAUGCCUCGCCUUCACCCAGCCAUCGGCACCCGAACACUGAUGGUUCACACGUUUUCAGGCUGUGUCCUGAGCAGCGCUGAGGAGUGUGACCUGGAUGAGCUGCUGGCAACCCGACUGGUGUCAUUUUUAAUGGACCAUCAGCAAAGCAUCCUCUCAGUCCCAGAAUACCUUCUCAGUGCCAUCAGGGACCACAUACAGUACCUGCGCACUGUACAGGUCCCUGUCGACCCCGGUCCAAACGCUGACUGUGGCGACCCAGUUUGCGUUCCGAUGCCAGUGUAUGCAUUUUGCAAACAGAUAAGCGGCACUGAGUUUGAACAGCAAAAAGCAGAGUCCUCUCAGAAGGCCAUGGAGGAGCUGUUGGAGAUCCUGUUGACGGAUCAGAAAAUUGACGAGAAGGACAGACGCAAGAAACUCAAGCAGUUUCAGAAGCAGUACCCGGACAUCUACAGGCGGCGGUUCCCUUCCGCCGCUGAACAGAGCAAAGCUGACAACAAGCCAAAGAUCAAACCCCCAUUGCUCAAAAUCAAGAAGACCAAAACCUUCAGCAUCAGGAACUGAGUUGCUGUCAUGUUGGUCACAUCAUGUUCGCUGCACUGAUGUUGGAUCUUCAGGUGGACAUUUGCAGCAGUCCAACUGUUACAUUAGAAGUGCAAGUAUUCCAGUAAUAUCUCGGUUUUAUGUGUCAGUAGUUGAAGGCCUGCUGGUGGCCUACAGAUGCAUCCAAGUGGUUAUCUCAGAUAAAAGAAGCUUCAUAGAUUCAGAGUUUCUACUUGAUGUAUUAAAAUGUUUUUAAUCCAGGUUCCUGGUUCAAUUUUCUUCUACUUGGAUUUCUUUUUCAAAUAAGUGGCUGUGCAGACAACAUUUAGAGCAAACAUGGGAGUAAAUUAUUUUAUAAUAAAUUUUAAUUUAUAUGAACGAUUACAUUGGGAGCAGCUCUAUUUGUCUAAAGUGUUUUUAAAUAUUUUAAGUAAAGUGUGGCUUUUAUUUUAAAUGUUCUGACUUUAAAUGUUUGUUAAAGCUGUUUUUCUCUCUACAUUUAUUCCUGUGAUGUUUUUAGAGACUUUCCUGUUGUAUUUUUUUAUUCUUUCUGAUGUUUCCAGAUUUAACCAAGCUGGGUUUUUUCUUUCAGGUUCGAUUUCCCUUGUCUUAUUUCUGCCUUUUAUGCAGAUUAGAAAAUGUUUUGCGCUGCAUUUAAGAAGAAAACCGUUAAAUUGAAUCCUUUAAAUUGAUGAUUUGAGUUCCAAAAACUUUUUAUCCAAUAUUUUUCUUUCCAUUCAUAGCUGUGUUUUUUGGUAAUAAAUAGGUAGAACAAUGAAUAAGAUUCAUAGGCUUUUUGUAUCAUUAAUUUUCCUGUUACAUGCUCAUAGGUUCUUGGUUUUGAAUGUUAAUUUUUAAAUUAUAUGUUUAAGGAAGAGAGUCUAACCUAAAACCUUCAAAUGGUCCUUCUUUUUUUAAAUGUGUUUGAUUAAAUGAAGAGUUAAGUUUGUUUAUACCUCAGUUAAAAUGAAGAAAUGUGACCACACACUAGAUGCUUUGUUGCUAUUGACAUAGGAGGGAAAUGCACCUAUAACUGUUUUACUAUGCAAAAUGUUGGGAAAUAAACCAGUUUUACUGUGUGA